UUUGUAAUCUUUCUCAAUUUGACAGGUAGAACUUUCUCUUUCUUUAUUUUAGCCUUUGUUUCCCGUCGAGACUCCAUUUUCCCGAGAAUAUCGAACACAUUCAAAAUUUCGCCAGAGUGAGCUUGCCUGCGCGCAGCUCCGCCUCAAAAACGCCUGCGCAACCAUGGAUUAUGAUGAAAUGGAUAUUGAGCCCCAGGGGCCGCAGGUCACAGUGCGAGAGGCUGAACCACACAGAGUCGACUUCCGCCUCACUUCCGUAGAUCUCGCCUUUGCCAACUCUCUGCGUCGCGUAAUGCUCACCGAAGUACCCACGGUAGCCAUCGACGUCGUCGAAAUCGAAUCAAACACCUCUGUCCUGCCCGAUGAAUUCAUUGCCCAUCGCCUCGGCCUCAUCCCCCUACACUCCAAGAACUGUGACGUUGACAUGGUCUACGCACGAGAAUGUGACUGCGAAGGCGGCUGUUCACGGUGCGUGAUUACGCUGCAGCUACAUGCAAAAUGUACGGGUGAAGGGGUUAUGGUGGUAUAUGCGCGCGAUCUGGUGGUGGUUGGGGACCGCGCGAAUGAGUGGGUAGGGAAUCCGGUGAUCAACGACCCUGCGGGGAAGGGCCCGAUAAUUUGCAAGUUAAGAAGGGGACAGGAGGUGAAGAUGACGUGUACCGUGAAGAAGGGGAUUGCGAAGGAGCACGCGAAAUGGUCGCCCACGGCAGCGGUGGGAUUUGAGUAUGAUCCGCAUAAUAAUUUGAAACAUGUGGAUUAUUGGUAUGAAGAGGACCCGAUUAAGGAAUGGCCGAUUUCUGCCAAUGCCGAAUGGGAGAACCCUGUACCACCGGAUAUGCCGUUUGACUAUGAUGCCACACCCUCGACUUUCUAUCUCGAUGUUGAAAGCGUCGGAAGCCUGGAACCAGACGCCAUCGUCCAGCAAGGUAUCAGUGUUCUCCAGCGAAAGCUUGCAGAAAUUAUAUCUGCCUUGACUGGCACCGGAGAACCCAACGAACGUGGAGACGGUAUGAAUGGUGUUGAUAUCGAUGGGGCGCGGAGUCCGGACGCGUACGAGCCACCGGAAGGUAUUGAUGGCGGGUUUAGCACUUAUGCACCAAAUGGCGUUGGAGCCGGUGCAGGAGGCCAGAGUGUAUGGGGCGGUGCUGGCGGCACAACUCCAUAUGGAGCGACGCCAUACGGCCAAGGCUACGGAUUCUAGAUGCGAUUUCGAAUCUAUCACAACCUCUGUCGUCGUGGCUCUUGGGACGAAUCUCUUUCACGGCUACUAUGACCGUCAUGGGGGUAGCUUGCAGGAAUAUCCAAAGCAAGCUUAUCGAUUCAGUCUGGCAAAGUUGCCACCCUUCUAUUUUCCUACGAAGAGCGUGCUUUGUACUCAUAGCUGUAUCCUUGUUGCUCUUCUUUUUCCUGCUUUAUCUAUAUGCGAGGAUGGCGUUGGGCGGACGGGGAAAAUGACUCGAAAGCUGGCGGUCUGGAUUUAUUGACUUCACUACAGGAUUCGGGAUUGGUUGUCUUCUUAUAUUUCCUUGCGCUUCUACUUUAAAUGCUCCUUUACCGGGCUGCUAUGUCUCUAACGGUGAAAGCAAUAUGAAAUACGAUUUCUUACUGUGGCUUUUG